AUGUCAAAAAGAACAAAAUCCCAAGGCAAUGCAGAAGGAUUGGAACAACUUAGAACGAGGGUGAUGAUCGAGAAGGAAGGAGUAGGAAGUACUUCUUCAAGUGAAUUUCCUUAUCAUAGUUCGAAUCACCAAGAUAUUGAUUACAUUAAGGCAUUUAUGAAGAAAUUCAGUGUCAAAAUUAUCAGAAAAGAACAAUAUGACAUGGAGUUUGAUUUGAUCGGUGUUGAUGCUGCCAUAGCAAACGCGUUAAGACGUAUUAUGAUCGCUGAGGUACCCACAAUGGCGAUAGAGAAAGUUUACAUGUAUAAUAAUACUUCAAUUGUACAAGAUGAAGUGCUUGCACAUCGAUUAGGUUUAAUACCUAUAAAAGCUGAUCCUGAUAAGUUCCAUUUCAAACACGCUAAUGAAUCACCCACAGAUAUGAACACAAUUGUAUUUAAAAUUGAGCAUGAAUGUACAUUCAAUUCUAAAGCUCGAGAUGAUGAAACAGAUCCACAAAAAUUAUAUCUAGGCCACAACCUUUUAUCUGAAUCUUUGGUUUGGGUUCCAAAAGGGGACCAAGAAGAAAAAUAUGCAAGUUGUCCCCUCAGACCGGUCCACAAUGAUAUUUUAAUUGCGCAAAUGAGACCAGGCCAGAAAAUAAAGUUAGAAGCGCAUUGUGAAAAAGGGAUUGGAAAAGAUCAUGCAAAAUGGUCACCAGUUGCGACCGCAUCAUACCGACUGAUGCCAGAAAUAAUUUUAAAAGAAGAAAUCACCGGUGACUUGGCAGAUAAAUUUGCCGCUUGUUUCACUAAGGGAGUUGUCGAAGUAGAGGAGAGAUAUAUCGAAGGUCAAUAUGUCAAAUCUGCUAAGGUGGUAAAUCCACGAAUUGACAUGGUCAGCCGGGAAGCCUUACGCCAUAAAGAAUUCGAAGACAAA